UAUAUAUAUAUAUAUACAUCUACCAUCCUCCAUAUCUUUUUUUUUUCUAUAUGUGGUAUUUGUAUACACGUUAUCUUUACUUUUUCUCUUCAUCACAGUUCAAUCUUUACUCAAAGAAUAUAGAAGAUGAGGAAGAAUUGCAACUUGGAGCUUCGCCUUUUCCCUCCUUCCCUCUCCGAUCUUCGCCCCAUGAUGGAAGCAGAAGUUAGUGAGAGACCCCAACAACAGGUCGCCCACCAUCAACAGCAACAGCAACCACAACCACAACAUCCGCUGACCAUUUUCUAUGAUGGCAAGAUUUCAGUUUCAGAUGUCACAGAGCUUCAGGCCAGAUCCAUAUUAAUGCUAGCAAAUAAAGAGAUGGAGAAAAGAGUGAUGACACCAACGGGGUCAGAACCAUCUUCACCAAUAUUACUGCAAUCACCUCAUAACAUGUAUAGCCCCGGCACUGGACUUUCCAUGAAAAGAUCACUGCAGAGGUUUCUCCAGAAGAGAAAGAAUCGUGUCCAAGAAACAUCCCCAUACCAUCACGAGCUAAUUAAUGUUAAAUUAUCAAAAUCAUCAAGGGAAAACAAAUGAAAAUUUGGGUUGGUUGUUGGCUACCUUGUUGCAAGACUAUACUAUCUAUGAUGAAUGAAAUCCCUUUUUCCCCAACACAGUUGGGCUUGUAAAUUAAUUAAGUGCGGUUAUGAAACUCAUACAAUUUCUUCGUUAAUAAUGUAUGGUUUCUUAGUGUGUGUAUGUGUAUA